AUAUAAAACAGAAGCAAAAGGCUUAAUUUUGGACACCUGAUUUAUCCUUGGUGCGCUUGUUUCUUGGUCGGAAAAAAACUCCUUGUCGUUACCCAAAGAAUAAACGCUUCAGAAGGUAAAAGCAAUCAUGCCUUUUAGCAACACCCACAACCUGAUGAAGAUGAAGUUCUCCGCGGAGCAGGAGUUCCCAGACCUCAGCCAGCAUAAUAAUCACAUGGCCAAGGUGCUGACUCUGGAGAUGUACGAAACACUUCGGGAGAAACAGACUUCCAGCGGAUUCACGCUGGAUGAUGUCAUUCAAACUGGGGUUGAUAACCCAGGACACCCUUUCAUCAUGACCGUGGGCUGUGUUGCGGGAGAUGAGGAGACGUAUGAUGUCUUCAGGGAGCUCCUGGACCCAGUUAUUGAGGACCGGCACGGGGGAUACAAGCCUACAGACGUGCACAAGACUGACCUGAACCCAGAGAACUUGCAGGGUGGAGACGAUCUGGAUCCUAACUACGUCCUGAGCUCUAGAGUCCGCACUGGCAGGAGCAUCCGUGGGUUUUGCCUGCCCCCCCACUGCAGUCGUGGGGAGAGACGUGGUAUUGAAGAACUUUCCAUUAAUAGCUUAAGUUCCUUGGAAGGUGACCUAAAAGGCAAAUAUUACGCUCUGAAGAACAUGACUGAUGAAGAACAGCAGCAGUUGAUUGAUGACCACUUCCUGUUUGACAAGCCAGUCUCUCCCUUGCUGCUGGCUUCUGGGAUGGCCCGAGACUGGCCUGAUGCUAGGGGAAUCUGGCACAAUGACAACAAGACCUUCCUGGUCUGGGUUAAUGAGGAGGACCAUCUGCGUAUUAUCUCCAUGCAGAAGGGAGGCAACAUGAGGGAGGUCUUCAACCGUUUCUGCACUGGCCUCACAAAGAUCGAGGGUCUUUUCAAGGAGAAGGGCCACGAGUUCAUGUGGAAUGAGCAUCUGGGCUAUGUGCUGACGUGCCCCUCCAACCUUGGCACCGGCCUGCGUGCAGGUGUCCAUGUCAAGCUGCCAAAACUCAGCAAAAAUGACAAGUUCGGGGAUAUUCUCAAGAGGCUAAGGCUCCAGAAGCGUGGAACAGGUGGUGUUGACACUGCUGCAGUUGGUGGCAUCUUUGAUAUAUCUAAUGCUGACCGCCUAGGCUUCUCUGAGGUGGAGCUUGUGCAGAUGGUGGUCGAUGGUGUGAAGCUGCUUGUGGAGAUGGAGAAGCGUCUGGAGAAUGAUGAGUCUAUCGACGACCUCAUGCCUGACCAGAAAUGAACACUUGCUCCCUGAGCUCUUGUUGACCUGCCCUGUACCUUCCACUCCCAACUUUGCUCUAAGAUCUUAACUACAUCAAGGAAAUCACUCUAAGUUAGCAGCACUCAAGUAGGUUGAGUCUUCCAUCAGUGUGAUUGAGGAUUUUUGUAUCAAACAUCUUGCAGCGUUGAGGAUGGCUCUUAACACCUGAAAUAAAGCUCUUCAGUCCAUGGA